AUGCCCACCACCAUCAAAAACAUGCCCAAUGAGGUGCUCAAGCACAUUUUGGUGCAAGUUCGUGAACAAGGUGGUUACGAUGCUCUAAGGAUGGCUCUCCUUGUCUCCCACCUCUGGAACGACGCAGGCAGCCCGGUUCUCUACGAACACGUCGUGCUUCACAAUGGCAACAUCAGCUCCUUCCUCGACAGCACUUUCGAACAGUAUGUCAACAUCUGGGCCUUGACCGAUCAAUUACAUAAACUUACGUGCUACGGCCAUAGGCAUUGUGAGAGGGAGGCGUCAAGCACAUUCCAAGAAGCAAAGGAGAUGUACGCAAAGCCUCUGCCCUCUGUCGAAGAGCUGAAGGCUAGACGCAAGAAGCGCAUCCGCAAUCGUGAACGAACGUGGGACAAUGUUCAUUCGUUGACGCUCAAUAUUAAGCCUGAGGGUAAUGGCAACGCGGAUUCCGAAGAGCGCAACAGACUGGAGAGCGGAAAAUUGACNCCCCUGGAUCUGCAACUGAUGAGAUUGGCAAGCAUGCUGCCAAGUCAAUUCCGUCUUCUUGACACUUUCUCGCUCUUCACGGAGGAAGUGUAUAUCAAAGGCAAAAACGACCUGGAGAGAGAAGGACCCGGCUUCCUGGACACCCGGGUCGUCCUCGAGCUUAUCAGGUUGUUACCAAAGUCCUGUACAAGCUUCAUUCUCGAUACCAAUGCCCGUGAGAUCCAUUUCGGCGCAAUGUCCCCUCGCAUGUGUCUGCUGCUUCGAGAAAUGAUGCCAAGACUGCACCAUCUGUCUCUCAGGGUGUCGUACGUCUGCGAGUCCAUGAUAAUCAAGUCGCAAGAAGAGGAUGAAGAACCCGAAUACGUCCAUGCGCCUCAUCUACGCAGCUUGUCAAUCUCCUUCAUGCCGAGAAACGUCCCAUAUUGGUUCGACUUGAUGUACGCUCGCAACGUCUGCAGAAAAAUCCACUUCGACGCCACUACAAGACUUCCCAAUGACCAUCCUCUGGGCUCGAACGAUGAGUGGGGAACUAUUCGCCUCGCUAGAGCUCUUCAAAAGGCGCAAACCCAAGGUUGUUUCCCUCACGCUAAGAGCAUUCAGGUCGUGUCGCCGAUGAGAAUACAUCAUCGUAAUUACCCGCAAUUGCAAAGAGAGAGUGACGAGAUGAUGAUCAUCAGAGACUGCAUUCAAGACAAGACUCACGCACUUCGCUUUAUCCCAUCCGAAAGAAGCUUUAUCCACGACGAGGAUCGCGCAAUCAUCGACCGUUACGGCGUCUUCGCCAUGGGCAACCACGAGAGUCUCAAGCUCUUGUCAGAAGCUGGCAAAUGGGCCGCGACAGCCAAUUACAAAGCCAGACUGCCCGUUGACACUCCAGAAGCCCAGUUCGAAAAGUGCUCGUUGAAGACGUUGUCGACUGAAAAGGAGCUUGAGUACUUCAUUGAAAGUCUUGCCAGGGAGACACAUGAAAAGUUGGUAGAGCUUCAUAAGGAUUUGACGGAAGACGAGAGACACCCAGGAAGAGUUUUUGAGUUUGACGGAGCUGCCUUUCCGUUCAAGGACUUUAUGCCAGAGAAUCUUUGA